GCAGAUCUCUUUUCUCUCCAUCCACACAAAACCUUCUCAUUUCUCUCUGGUAAUUUCAUUUUCCAUUUCAUCUUCUCUCCAUCGUCAAUGUUUUUCUAAAAGGGAAAAAAAAUUCUCUUCCGAUCUCAUCAAAUUGCCUACGCGUAAAGAUGGGGCUGUCUUUCACCAAACUGUUCAGCAGGCUGUUUGCAAAGAAGGAGAUGCGUAUACUGAUGGUGGGUCUUGAUGCUGCUGGUAAGACCACCAUUCUUUACAAGCUCAAGCUGGGAGAGAUUGUCACCACCAUUCCGACCAUCGGAUUUAAUGUGGAGACUGUCGAAUAUAAGAACAUCAGCUUUACAGUCUGGGAUGUCGGUGGCCAGGACAAGAUCCGUCCCUUGUGGAGACACUAUUUCCAAAACACACAAGGACUUAUCUUUGUGGUUGAUAGCAAUGACCGAGACCGUGUGGUUGAAGCUAGAGAUGAGCUGCACCGAAUGUUGAAUGAGGAUGAACUGAGGGAUGCUGUGCUGCUAGUAUUUGCAAACAAGCAGGAUCUUCCUAAUGCAAUGAAUGCUGCUGAGAUAACUGACAAGCUUGGCCUCCACUCACUCCGUCAACGACACUGGUACAUCCAGAGCACAUGUGCUACAUCUGGAGAAGGGCUCUACGAGGGUCUGGACUGGCUCUCCAACAAUAUCGCAAACAAGGCAUAGAUGAGAUGAGAUGAUUGGUUCAAAGUCUUGGGUGGCUACUGGAUUACAUAGUUUAAGAAGGGUUCUGUUGUGUUCUGGGUUUUUUUUUUUUUUUUUUUUUUUUUUUUUUUUUUCUUGUUAAAUUGUUAAGCGUUGUGACCUGUUUUUGCCGUGUUUGUUAUUGACCUUGCAAAACAUUACAAUUUGUUUUCGUGUAGUUUCAGAAUAAUUCAUAAAUUUUUGUCCUUCCCGUAUGAUGAUGGCAUUGGGUGGAUAAAAAUUUCCCUUGUUUC